CUGCACCCCCCAUCAAAGUUAGAUACAAAGCAUGAAUGGCCUGCAAAUAACCCCCUUCAUCACCUCCCUCCCCAAAGUCGAACUCCACGUCCACAUUGAAGGCACCCUAACACCAUUCCUCCGAUGGAAGCUCGCUCACAAAAACAACAUCCCUUUGCGAUACCCCACCUAUGAAGCGCUUCUCGGCUCCUACAGGAUAACAUAUAAUCACCGUCGCGAGCUCAACGGCGACAACGGCGCUCCCACGUUCCUAGAAACCUAUUACGAGGGCUGCCAAGUCCUCUGCACAGAAGAUGAUUUCUACGAGCUAGGCAUGACAUAUUUCAAAAAGGCAAAAGACAUGAACGUGCGCUAUGUGGAGCCGUUCUUCGAUACCCAGGCUCAUACUAAACGAGGCAUUCCCGUUGAGGCCGUCUUAAAUGGGUUUCUCCGCGCCCAAUACGAUGGAGCAAAGGAACUCGGAGUGAAAAGCAACUGGAUCUUCUGCUUCUUGCGUGACCAUCCGGUCGAGGAAGGACUGGAGGCUCUGCGCUCUGCGUUGCCUUGGGCUCGAACGAAGGAUGGAAAGGGGAAGGGGUUAUUUCAUGCGGUCGGGCUGGCGAGUAAUGAGUAUGAUCGGCCUCCAGGACUUUUUGAGGAGGGAUUUUUGUUGGCCAAGGAAGCUGGUUUACAUGUGACCAUGCACUGUGAUGUUGACCAGAAGGAUGUGGUAGAGCAUAUGCGCGAGGGUGUUUUUGAUGUCGGUGCGGGUGCUGGAACGGAUCGCAUUGAUCAUGGCCUUAACGCUAUCGAUUCUCCAGAGUUGAUGGCUGCGUUGAAAGAGAAGAACAUCGGUCUCACUCUUUGUCCGCAUGCGUAUCAUCGCAGACAGGCUACGGAGGUGCUUUUCCCUAAGAUUAGGAAGUUGUGGGAUGAGGGUGUCCAGUUUUGUAUCAAUAGCGAUGAUCCGACUUAUAUGCAUGAUGUUUGGAUUGAUGGGAAUAUGAUGAAGGUAUACAAGUAUUGUGGUUUUACGGAGCCAGAGAUGGGCAAGCUCGUUCGAAAUGCGGUUGUGAUGAGUUGGGCAGAUGAGGAGACGAAGAGGGAGAUUUUGGUGGAUUUGGAAAGAGUCCUCGGUGGUGAGAAAUUGUUUAGCUAG